AUGGAAAGUUUCUCGGUAGAAGAUGAUUCCGAAGACGGGGAUGUCUUAUCAACACCGGCCGCCCCUCUGGUCACCACAGUUACACAGUUGUCUACAGCCCCGAAGCUGGAUGUUGCUAUUGAAGAGAAAAUUGAAGAAAAUACUACACAACACACUCCAACUACCAAGCCACAUGAUCCCGUUGAGGAUGUUUUUGCUUUCCAUCCUGUUGGGAAAGAACCAUUUGUGGAGAAAGGUACAACUAUUGAACCUACGAGCCACCAGACAUCUGUUGUAGAAUCAGAUACUGAUGUAAAGAAACACCAUCACCACCACCACCACCACCAUCAUCAUCAUACAAUCAGGCCGGUUACAUCCACUCCUGCCAAGUUUGAUGUAAUUGAGGAGACAACUGCUAGUCCUGUUGUAAUUGAGGAGACAACUGCUAGUCCUGUUGUAAUUGAGGAGACAACUGCUAGUCCUGUUGUAAUUGAGGAGACAACUGCUAGUCCUGUUGUAAUUGAGGAGACAACUGCUAGUCCUGUUGUAAUUGAGGAGACAACUGCUAGUCCUGCUGAAGUUGAAAAGCUUUUUGUCACCCCUGAAGAAACUACCACAAGUACACCAGUUGAGGGUGACGUGGAUGAUCUAGUAGAAGUGAUGCCAACACCUGAAGAUUCAGGUGUCCAACAUGUUGACCAUCCAGAAACAACCUCUGGCUUAACUAGUACUUCAUCUACACAUGAAGAGACAACUGUAGAUCUGGCAGAUAUUGCUGAAAUUCCAGUCUUUGUAGACUCUGAGGAAAAGACUACGGUGGCAGAUGAAGCUCAUACUCAUAAACCUCACCAUCACCACCAUCAUAAUCACACUACUACAGCUACUACUGCGGUCCCAUUGGAUUGGUUUGAUGUUAUUGAAACAGAAAAGCCAGAUUAUCCUGAGCCUGAAGAUCAGGACCAUCAAGGAGAAGCUACCACAACACCACCUAGUGAAGAUAAGCAUAAUGACCAUAAACAUCACCACAAACACCACCAUCAUCAUACAACUACACCAGAAGCCACCCAAUCAACUGUCUCUGAGCAGCCUAUAGUUCAUACCCACGAACCAAAGGGUAGAAGGAUCAACGUACCACCUGCAGAAAGCACAACUGAGAUUUCAGUCAUAUCUGAAGAGGACGAACCUGUUGGCUCAACUGUGCAAUAUGUCCACCCUGUUAGCCCGACACAAGAUGACGAUGGCACUGAUUCUUCAGAGGAUGAAUCGGGAGAUGGAUCAGUGGAAACCGAUGACAUUUUUUUUGAAGCCACAGUUCCACUUGAUAAAAGUGACAGAAUGGCCCCCGAUGGCAGUUCAGGCGCCUCACAUGGAAUCAUGGAAAGGAAGGAGCUUCUAGCAGGUAUCAUUGCCGGAGGUAUAGCAGGAUUGGUGUUUGCUGCGUCCUUGGUGGCAUUCGUGCUCUACAGGAUGAAGAAGAAAGAUGAAGGAAGCUACUCCUUGGAGGAGCCAAAACAAUCAAACGGGGGAUACCAGAAACCACGGGAACAGAGGGAGUUCUAUGCAUAGACGUCCAUUGCUAAAGCCUUUUCACUUCAACUGCCCCAACGGCCUUGUCUACUUCCUUGAUCUGCACCCACAGCUUUUCCUCUGGCCUUUGUACGGUACAGACUCCAAUAGACAUUUUAUUAAAGCCAAAAGGUCCUAAAAAGUGGCUUCUGUACAACACCAUGUGAAUCCACCACAAGAUAAAGGCCGUUUUCUGACCUGCUGCGCUCAAAAGACUGACUUGGACUGAGGUGAAAGGUUU